AACUACCUCCACUCAGACCGAAUCCACAAUAAUACCCCGGUCUCCAGACCACUUCAACAACUACCUCCACUCAGACCGAAUCCACAAUAAUACCCCGGUCUCCAGACCACUUCAACAACUACCUCCACUCAGACCGAAUCCACAAUAAUACCCCGGUCUCCAGACCACUUCGACAAUUGGCGGCACUUUUACCUGUGUGCAUAUCAAUCGGUAAGUGUUACUCUUGCUUUCCUUUUUUUUAACCAUUUUCUCUCAAAAAGCUUUUCAAAGCCAUCCAGAAAAUAGGUAGUCUAACACCUGUAAUACACUUUAAAAAAAAUAUAUAUAUAAGCUCCAGUUUAUCACUCAGAGCUAAAAAGUGCUUGAGUACACUAGCAGCGAUCAUGUCCUCCUCAGGUACCUCUUUUUUUUCUUACUCUUGUUCAUAUAAUGCUUAUAUUUUACUGUAUUUCCUGUUUUUUAAAUACUCCUUGUUAUUUCUUUUUAGACUCUGAAAUAAGCCUGUUUGAUUCUUCGCUUUUGGAUAAUCUCGAUCAAAUCGACAUAUCGGAUUUGGACAACUAUGUUUUUUCGAGUUCACCUAGUUCUUCGCCCAGUUCUUCACCACCACCGGUUUUAGAGCGAGCUACAGGCAAGAACAUCCGUCUCUCGACCCGCGAGAGGCAGGCCCUACUUUCUGCAAGGGCUUGCCCGGCUUCAUCCACCUCUGCCGGCGCUUCAGCUCCACCGCGCCCCGGGGGGAAAAACCUCCAUCUAACCGCCCGGCAGAGGCAACAACUGCUCGCGGCACACGCUCCCAGUGCCGGCUUCGGCGUUUCAGCUCCCCCGCGUGCCUCGGGAAAAAACCUACAUCUAACCGCCGGGGAUAGGCAACAACUGUUCGCGGCAGACGCUCCCAGUGCCGGUGUCGGUCUUGGAGCUUCUCUUCCUUCACCGGGGCCAAGACAUCCACAGCCCCUGCCUCGGAGAUCCAAUCUAGGGCAUCUCAGAAGGAGGCGUAGGAGGACCAUUAGGCCAAAGAGCACAAGGCAAAGACGCAGACAACGAAACCAGCUUGCGUCCAUCGCUCUUCGAGCUGUAUCUCUGUUCGCUGAAUUAGUGCAACUCAUCUUAUAAUAAGGUUUUAUUUUAUUUUAUUGUUUUUUAUUUUUUA